GUGAAUGAUUUUCACAUAUGGUAUGUAAGAUCCAGCGAUCCUUGGCAGGACGUAAUGUAUAAUACAGUGGUUAAUCAAAUGAGCGAAAAUCUACUGGCAAAAGCUGCUCUUCCCGUCGAGAUAAUACCAGAGCCAGAUCUUCGACCCAAAAUUUAUUCCGUCCUCAGAUAUAAAGACGUCGAAAAACGAGUUAAAAGAACUCUUGCUGACGUUUAUCAAUUGACUUCCUUGGCACCGAUAUCGGAAGUGUUCUCGAUCAACGAAUCGAUGCCAGUGAGCGAAGUCAGCGUGCAAGAGAGUCACAGCGUCGCUAAAAGGAAUCGUGGACGACGCGGGCAUAAAUCAACGAGCAAGAUAGAAGAGAAUCGUUCUCUGAACGCGUUGACAAUAGAGAGUACAGACACGAACACCACUUCCCUUCUGGAAACGAUCGUGGAAGAGCCCGUAAAGCCACGAUGGAUUUUGCUACCGAGCGAAUGUCAGGGGUUUAAGAUCCGUUUUCGACCGGAAGAGACGGGUCACUACGAAGAAACGUUCGCGUUGACGCUCGUGGACGGAAAUUGCGUUACCCACGAAGUGAAUGUUAUCGGUAUCGCGGAUAUACCGAGGCUGGAUAUGAAUCCCAAAACGAUUUUUCCAAAAAGAAAAUUGAACGUGACAGACAGCUCCAUGUAUAUUUACGAUAAAGAAUUAUACGACUUCGGAUCUCAGCUGGUUCUCCAUAAAGACAGAAGGUACUUUUUCAUUAUAAAUGUUAUAAUUAUUCUGUGAUAAAUGUAGAUGCAUUCAUAUGAUGGAUAAUAUAAAAUUAGUAUAAAAUAAGGAUGCUAAAUGGAGGUGCGAGAGAAUACCAGAUUAAUUCAGAUCGAGAAUUUUUUUUUACUAUCGGGUCAAGUCCUCGAAAAUACCUCGUGAUAUAAAAAUCUCGAGAUGUCCGAGAUUUCGAGGACCCGAAUCAUAUUUCAGGAUGAGCUUUGUCGAAUAUGUUCGUCAAUCGAAAAUGUUUGCAAAAAAAUUCCAUGUAGUUCUACUUCUACGUGUACUUCAACGUAGUAUU